AUGUUGUUUUACUCUUUCUUUAAAUCCUUAGUCGGAAAAGACGUAGUUGUUGAGUUGAAAAAUGACUUAAGUAUUUGCGGAACGCUACAUUCGGUCGACCAAUACUUGAACAUAAAAUUGUCAGAUAUCAGUGUUAUAGAUCCUGAUAAAUAUCCUCACAUGUUGUCAGUGAAGAAUUGCUUUAUUCGGGGUUCUGUUGUUCGGUAUGUGCAGCUACCGGCAGAUGAAGUCGAUACACAGCUAUUGCAAGACGCCGCAAGGAAAGAAGCGACUGUCUCAACAAGAUAA